ACUGCUUUAAGAUAACCUAACAGGAAAUACAUGAGCUGGGGAACCAUGUUUGCUUUCAUAUUCUGUACUGUAGAUUAAAAAGACCAUGGUACCCACUGAAAUCAAGCAGUGAGGUUUAAUUACCCGCACUGUCAUCAUACCUCCCCAUUCACUAUCCACCAAUGGGGAGCGCCUGUUUUACAAAUUAUUAGCCACUGCUGCAGAACUAUAUCAUCCAUCACCAGCAGUAGGCGGUACUGCGAAAGAGCCGGAAAAAUGUGGAGUGAAACCAGUCUCCACCGAGGCUGGCAGAGGAGGCAGCCUUUGUGAUGCUGAUGCUGCGAUAAACCCCUCUGGAGGCGAUGCGGUGCGGCGGGUGCUGAAGAGCCGUCAGAGACUACUACAACACCUCCGGAUGGGGAAACCUCUCACUGACAGUGAGAAAGACUGAACGAAAGAGAGAGGAAGCUGAAGAGGAAGAGGAGGAGGAGGAAAGACAGCCCCGACGAGCCUGGAGAAGAAUAGUAAGGUCCAGUUUGAACAACGCAGACAUAGACCACGUCGUCCAGUCGCCGCUGGGUGGGAGAACAAAAGCCCGGAGCUUUGGAGCUGCAUUCAGCUCUCCACAACAAAAUGAGCAGAGUUUCAAUCAUGGCUCAGCUCGUCCUUUCACUCCUGCUCCUGUUUGGAUGCCAAAAUAGUCUUAGCCAGACUUCAUCGGAAGCUCAGAAGGAGACGGGCGCCAACGACAACAGCACGGUCUUCACCAGGAUCCUGGAUGGGCUCCUGGAUGGCUAUGACAACAGACUCCGGCCAGGGCUUGGAGAGAACGUCACGGAGAUCAAGACCAACAUUUUUGUCACCAGCUUUGGGCCCGUGUCUGACACGGAGAUGGAAUACACCAUUGACGUGUUCUUUCGCCAGAGCUGGAAGGACGAGCGGCUGUGCUUCAAGGGGCCGAUGGAGAAGCUGCCGUUAAACAACCUUCUGGCCAGCAAUAUCUGGACCCCCGAUACGUUCUUCCUUAACGGCAAAAAGUCGAUCGCUCAUAACAUGACCACGCCCAACAAGCUGCUGAGGCUGAAGGACGAUGGCACUCUGCUUUACACCAUGAGGUUGACCAUCUCUGCAGAAUGCCCCAUGCAGCUGGAGGACUUCCCCAUGGACGCCCACGCCUGCCCCCUCAAGUUCGGCAGCUAUGCCUAUCCCGUGUCGGAGGUGGUUUACACUUGGACUCAGGGGGCUGCCAAGUCCGUGGUGGUGGCAGAAGACGGCUCCAGGCUCAACCAGUACCAUCUUAUCGGACAAACGGCUGGCACUGAGGACAUACACACCAGCAGAGGACAGUACACAGUAAUGAUGGCCCACUUCUACCUGAAGAGGAAGAUUGGAUAUUUUGUCAUCCAGACGUACAUGCCGUGUUUCAUGACAGUGAUUCUCUCCCAGGUGUCAUUUUGGCUAAAUCGAGAGUCUGUUCCUGCAAGGACUGUGUUCGGUGUGACCACUGUGCUGACUAUGACCACGCUCAGCAUCAGUGCCAGGAAUUCGCUUCCCAAAGUGGCCUAUGCGACAGCCAUGGAUUGGUUCAUUGCCGUCUGCUAUGCUUUCGUCUUUUCCGCCCUCAUUGAAUUUGCUACAGUGAACUACUUCACCAAGAGGAGCUGGGCUUGGGACGGCAAGAAAGCUCUGGAGGCACAGCACCCCAAGAAACGAGACCCGAUGGUGCUGUCCAAGAAGCCGAACAACGUUUGCUCGGCGGGCGUCAACUACACCCCCAACCUCACCAAGGACGUGUCCAUCUCCACCAUCUCCAACACAACGUCGGUGCAGCUGAGAGCCUCUGAGAGCAAAAUGGUGGACCACAAGAAGACCUACAACAGCGUCAGCAAGAUCGACAAGAUGUCUCGAAUAGUGUUCCCCGUCCUCUUUGGAACCUUCAACCUCGUCUACUGGGCCACGUACCUGAACAGAGAACCAGUGGUGAAAGGAGCCGUUGCUUCAACAUAAUCACUUUUUUCUUGAAACUGAGUUUGCGUAAGAGAGAAAGGGGAGGGUUUGAAGCUAAGUGACCUAGAAAAGUAAAAUCAAACAUCUGAGCUUGAAGAACAAAAACUAUACCCAGCUAUUUAAUUCAGGCACUAUCAACGAUGCAAGGCUGCAACAGAAACCCUUUCCUGUUCUAAUGGCCUAAAAAAACUG